ACUUCUGAAAGCCAGAGAGCUGGGUAUCCAAGGCUGUUACAGAGUCUGUCAAGGUCUUCGGUCACACUUGUUGCAGAGGCCCUUCUGCGAGCCCCACUCGCCACCCCGGGCGGUGCACCUCAGUGCGCCCCUCUACAAAAGGCGGUGCUGCGCUGUGCGCUGUGCGCUGCAGGGAAUCCCCAGCCGCGGCGGGCAGGCAUGGUGAACACGAUUGAGCCCAGCUGCUGCUAGAAAGUCAGAGAUCAUCCUUCCCGCUCCAGGGCUUCAGGGGAGAUGGGGCGCUACUCAGGCAAGACUUGCAGGUUGAUCUUCAUGCUGGUGCUCACGUUUAGCUUCUUCGUGGCCGAGCUGGUGUCCGGCUACCUGGGCAAUUCCAUCGCCCUGAUCUCCGACUCUUUCAAUAUGCUGUCUGAUCUGAUCUCGCUAUGCGUGGGAAUAAGCUCCGGGUACAUCGCUCGCCGCCACACUCGAGGCGCCCAGGCCACUUAUGGCUACGGGCGAGCGGAGGUGGUGGGGGCAUUGAGCAACGCAGUCUUCCUCACCGCCCUUUGCUUCACCAUCUUCGUAGAGGCCAUCCUGCGCCUGGCCCAGCCAGAGCAUAUUGAUGAUCCAAAGCUAGUGCUCAUCGUAGGUGUCCUGGGGCUGGCAGUCAACGUGGUGGGCUUGCUAAUCUUCCAGGAUUGUGCCUCCUGGUUCACUUGCUGUGGCCGCCGCCGACGACGUCUGAGUAUCGGCAAAAGAGAGCCUUCUGCCCCUCUGGACGCAGUCAGCGCGCAGCAGCCGCCACCUUCUGCACCACCCUCUGUAGUACCGGGUUCGGAUCCGGACCUAACUCUCAGAGUGGUCUCCAGCCCUACGAAGGAGGAGAAAGCGGCUGCUCUGCAGCCCAGUGAAGCAGGUGAUUCCCUGAACACCCAGAAUGAGCCUCAAGAGGAAACUAGGAAAAAACAGAAAAAGUCUGAAGCCCUGAAUAUCAGAGGUGUUCUUUUGCAUGUAAUGGGAGAUGCACUGGGAUCCGUGGUUGUGGUGAUUGCUGCUAUCAUAUUCUAUGUGCUUCCUCUGGAGGACAAUGUUCCAUGUAACUGGGAGUGCUACAUUGACCCAAGCCUCACUGUUAUCAUGGUCAUCAUCAUUUUGUCAUCUGCCUUUCCACUCAUCAAGGAGACAGCAGCCAUUUUGCUACAGAUGGUUCCCAAAGGCAUCAAUUUGGAAGAACUGGUGGGCAAGCUAUCCAGCGUGCCUGGAGUUAGCAGCGUACAUGAAGUGCAUGUCUGGGAACUUGUAAGUGGGAAGAACAUUGCCACUCUCCACAUCAAGUGUCAAAAGAGCAAAGAUUACAAAGAUGCCGAUUUCAAAAUACGAGAGAUUUUCCACAGCGCCGGGAUCCACAAUGUAACCAUCCAGCCAGAACAUAUGGACCAGAGGGAAUCCUUGGAGCAGGACUGGAUGCUCCUCUGCAACUCACCCUGCAUCUCCAGCGCCUGCAAGGAUUAUCUCUGCUGCCCUCCAGAACCGCAGUCACUUACCCACAUCAAUGGCUAUACAGAACCCAAUGGUUGCCCCCCAACUGCAAUACACAGAAGUGAUGGCUUAAGUCAAAAUGACACAGCUGCAAUUGUCAUUGAAGCAGAUUGUUUGAGUGACAGUGGGCUAGCUGCUAAACAGACACAAGGAGAUCUGAUCUUUGUCAAUAGCACCCAUUUUUGAUCUGGUCUCAUCACUGAAAGUCAACUGAUUGAGAGAAGCAGCUUAGCCACCAGUCAGCUUCAGAUGAUCCUUGUGGGAAGGGCUCCCUGACCUGUUACCACUGACCAAAAUUAGGAAUGUAAUUCUGUGUUAAAAUAAGGGGUUAAGUCCUUUAAAAAAAUGUUUGGCAGUUUUAAGAUUCACAAACCCUUACCACCCACUCCCAAACCCCCCAUCCCAUGCAGGUGAAUAUUGUUGAACUAUUCACAUGUUUACCUGAGCAUCUCCUCUUUAAUCAUUUUAGUUUGAACAUUUAUUUCCUGAGGUAAAUUGAAAAAGUAUAGAGACAACAUGAAGUGGAGACUAGAAAUUCAAUGCUUUUUGCAGGACUGGGAUUUGAACUUUCUCCCUCUACCCCCAUUCUCCUUUUGGUCAUUUUUGACUGAAUUCUACUUCUAGCCCAUUCUGAGGUGAGCUGAUGGAUAAUGUCUAUGGAUAAUGUACUUCAUAUAUAUAUAUAUGUAUGUGUACACACAUACAUAUAUAUGUGUGUAUAUAUAUAUGUGUGUGUGUGUAUAUAUAUGUGUGUGUGUAUAUAUAUAUAUGUGUAUAUAUAUAUGUAUAUAUAUGAAGACCCAUAAUAGUUGUGUUUUUCUGAGUCCUUAUAAUGAAUUUCACAGUGGUAUUCUACCCUGCCCCUCCAUCUCUCCAACAGUUUGGUUCCUCUUUGAAAGAGAAAAAAAUGGGGACUCAAUAAGCUGGAAAAGACUCUUAGGAACAUCAGAAAGGAUCAUUGAAUUCAAACUUUUUUUCUUCUUUGAUAACAUGUUUGCUUUCAGAGGUGGAGGAGAAAAAUGAUUCUUGCUUGCUUUUUUUUUAAUGAAGACAACCACAGCUAUAGGGUCAAGAAGUAUUGAGUAAAUUUUUUUUCCCCCUCAUAACAUUGCAGGAAAAUAAACCCAUAUUUAGGGUAGCAUACAUUUCUUGUUUUCAGCAGUCAAUCCAUUUGGGGCUGCUCCCAUUUAUUGCUUUGGCUAAGACCUAAUUGUUCAUCUGAAUAUUCUUUUAGGUCUUUUCUUAGAUGAUCACAUAUGUUCUGUGUGUCAUUGACUAGGAGAAGAUGGCCAUUAUCCAGACUUUAUAAUAUAGAACAUUUUAGUUUUUCAUUCCUACCGAAUAAAUAAACUAGUUUGUAGUUUCAUUCCCAUUUCAGGUAAUUGUUUUUCCUUUAAUUACACGCAUUUUCAUGUAUUUAUUUAACUUUCCUUUUUAGCAAUUUGAUAGGAAAAAUUUAAGUUAGAAGGGAGAAAUGCAGAUUUAUUUAAUUUUGACUUUGAAUAUAUUCUGAAGGGUUUCAAAUUUUCUUUUGUUUCUGAACCUCCCAUCCAAUUGAAACAGACACAAGAUUAAAAUAUGGUUCCAAUUUGU